GGAGGGGAGGAGGGAGAGGGAGAGAGGGAGGGAGCCGAGGAAGACGCUCCGAUAACCCGUGCGUUUCGUAAGGCUCUGAGCACUUGUACAUUUCUGCAGGCGCGCGGCGAGCCAUUCGCGGCGGCUGCUGCAGCUCCGACUGCAUCUUCCUCCUCCUCUUUCCCCCGGGCUCCGGGUGUGUGUAUGUGUGAGUGAGUGUGUGUGUGUGUGUGUGAGCGUGUGUGUGCUUUGCAGGUGUGUCCGUUUUAAUUCUGCCCAGUAGGUGGGACUUGGUGACUUUAGCACCAUAUUUUCCUUUUCCUUUUUUUUUUUUUUUUUUUUUUUUUUUUUUUUGCCUCCCCACCGUCUGUUGCAACCCUGCAAAGUCUCGGAGUCGGAGAGCGCGGCUCGCUUCCCGAGCCUCCGGACCCGGCGAGCCGGCGAGCGCCGAGCCGGCCACCAUGCCAGGCAAACCGCGCCACUAGGCGCUCCCCGCGGCUCCCACCCGGCGGCGGCGGCGGCGGCGGCGGCGGCGGCAGCGGCGGCGGCGGCGGCGGCGGCGGCCGCGAUGGUUUCAGACGCUGAAGGAUUUUGCAUCUGAUCGCACGGCGUUUCAAAGGCAGAGGCCCCCCCUCCCCCUUCCCCCCUCCCUCGCCGUCUUUGUUUCCUUCCCCCCCAGCUCUCCCCACUCCCCCCACCCCACCCCCCUCUCCUCUCCUCCUCCUCUUUUUUAGAAGCCGCGAUCGGAGAUGGAUGUCUCUCUUUGCCCAGCCAAGUGUAGUUUCUGGCGGAUUUUCUUGCUGGGAAGCGUCUGGCUGGACUAUGUGGGCUCCGUGCUGGCUUGCCCUGCAAAUUGUGUCUGCAGCAAGACUGAGAUCAAUUGCCGGCGGCCGGACGAUGGGAACCUCUUCCCCCUCCUGGAGGGGCAGGAUUCAGGGAACAGCAAUGGGAACGCCAGCAUCAACAUCACGGACAUCUCAAGGAAUAUCACUUCCAUACACAUAGAGAACUGGCGAGGUUUGCACACGCUGAAUGCUGUGGACAUGGAGCUCUACACCGGCCUCCAAAAGCUGACCAUCAAGAACUCAGGACUUCGGAGCAUCCAGCCCAGAGCCUUUGCCAAGAACCCCCACUUGCGCUACAUAAACCUGUCGAGUAACCGGCUCACCACACUCUCAUGGCAGCUCUUCCAGACGCUGAGUCUUCGGGAAUUGAGACUGGAGCAGAACUUCUUCAACUGCAGCUGUGACAUCCGCUGGAUGCAGCUGUGGCAGGAGCAGGGGGAGGCCAAGCUCAACAGCCAGCACCUCUACUGCAUCGGUGCCGACGGCUCGCAGCUGCCCCUCUUCCGCAUGAACAUCAGCCAGUGCGACCUUCCUGAGAUCAGUGUGAGCCACGUGAACCUGACCGUUCGAGAGGGCGACAAUGCUGUCAUCACGUGCAAUGGCUCUGGAUCCCCUCUGCCCGACGUAGACUGGAUAGUCACGGGACUGCAGUCCAUCAACACCCACCAGACAAAUCUGAACUGGACCAACGUACACGCCAUCAACCUGACCCUGGUCAAUGUGACAAGCGAGGACAAUGGCUUCACCCUGACAUGCAUCGCAGAGAACGUGGUGGGCAUGAGCAACGCCAGUGUGGCCCUCACCGUGCACUACCCCCCACGCGUGGUGAGCCUAGAGGAGCCGGAGCUGCGUCUGGAGCACUGCAUCGAGUUCGUGGUGCGGGGUAACCCGCCGCCCACGCUGCACUGGUUGCACAAUGGGCAGCCGCUGCGGGAGUCCAAGAUCACGCAUGUGGAGUACUACCAGGAGGGCGAGGUGUCCGAGGGCUGCCUGCUCUUCAACAAGCCUACACACUACAACAACGGCAACUACACCCUCAUCGCCAAAAACCCGCUGGGCACAGCCAACCAGACCAUCAACGGCCACUUCCUCAAGGAGCCCUUCCCAGAGAGCACGGAUAACUUUGUCUCCAUCUACGACGUGAGCCCCACACCCAUCACGGUGACCCACAAACCGGAGGAAGACACUUUUGGGGUGUCCAUCGCCGUGGGACUUGCUGCUUUUGCCUGCGUCCUGUUGGUGGUUCUCUUCAUCAUGAUCAACAAGUACGGUCGGCGGUCCAAAUUUGGAAUGAAGGGGCCUGUGGCUGUCAUCAGUGGUGAGGAGGACUCAGCCAGCCCGCUGCACCACAUCAACCAUGGCAUCACCACGCCCUCCUCGUUGGACGCCGGGCCGGACACGGUGGUCAUCGGCAUGACCCGUAUCCCGGUCAUUGAGAAUCCCCAGUACUUCCGUCAGGGACACAACUGCCACAAGCCAGACACGUACGUGCAGCACAUUAAGAGAAGGGACAUCGUGCUGAAGCGGGAACUGGGCGAGGGAGCCUUUGGGAAGGUCUUCCUUGCCGAGUGCUACAACCUCAGCCCGACCAAGGACAAGAUGCUCGUGGCUGUGAAGGCCCUGAAGGAUCCCACCCUGGCUGCCCGGAAGGAUUUCCAGAGGGAGGCUGAGUUGCUCACCAACCUGCAGCACGAACACAUCGUCAAGUUCUACGGGGUGUGUGGUGAUGGGGACCCGCUCAUCAUGGUCUUUGAGUACAUGAAGCAUGGAGACCUGAACAAGUUCCUUAGGGCCCAUGGGCCAGAUGCUAUGAUCCUUGUGGAUGGGCAGCCACGCCAGGCGAAAGGUGAGCUGGGGCUCUCCCAAAUGCUCCACAUCGCCAGUCAGAUCGCCUCAGGCAUGGUGUACCUGGCCUCCCAGCACUUCGUACACCGGGACCUGGCCACCAGGAACUGCCUGGUUGGAGCCAAUCUGCUGGUGAAGAUCGGGGACUUCGGCAUGUCCAGAGAUGUCUACAGCACUGAUUACUACAGGGAAGGGCCAUGCCAGAAGGGCCCGAUCAGCGUGUCAUGGCAGCGCCAGAGGCUAGCAGCGCCGGCAGCUUCCACAGUGGGAGGACACACCAUGCUUCCCAUCCGCUGGAUGCCCCCUGAAAGCAUCAUGUACCGGAAGUUCACUACGGAGAGUGAUGUGUGGAGCUUCGGGGUGAUCCUUUGGGAGAUCUUCACCUAUGGAAAGCAGCCAUGGUUCCAGCUCUCGAACACAGAGGUCAUCGAGUGCAUCACCCAAGGUCGUGUGCUGGAGCGGCCCCGGGUCUGCCCCAAAGAGGUGUAUGACGUCAUGCUGGGGUGCUGGCAGAGGGAGCCCCAGCAGCGGCUGAACAUCAAGGAGAUCUACAAAGUCCUCCAUGCUUUGGGGAAGGCCGCCCCCAUCUACCUGGACAUCCUUGGCUAGCGGCAGCUGGUGGUCACGGAUGCGUACUCUGUGGCCUCCCUCUCCUGGCCUCACAUCGCCCCUCGUCCGCCUCACACUCCUUUCUUCCAUCCUGACCGAAGCGAACAUCUUCAUAUAAACUCAAGUGCCUGCUACACAUACAACACUGAAAAAAAAAAAAAA